AUGACAGCAAAAAAGAGCAACCGUACUUUGGCGAUACUCGAUGCCGCUACAGCAGGGAACUAUGGCGUAAUGGCCGCGAUUGCCUACAAUGUCGAGCAACUGACAGCCCUCAUCCGCGCCGCUGAAGCUAAACGCUCGCCUCUUAUCAUUCAACUCUUCCCCUCAACACUCAAGCAACUACCCCUCCUUGCACACGCCGCGGCCCAUGCCGUUAAGACAGCGACAGUACCACUCUCACUGCACAUUGACCACGCACAAAAUGUGGAACACAUUCGGGAAAUCAUCGCGACUCUCCCAGUGGAUUCGGUCAUGGUGGAUAUGUCGCAUUAUGAUGAAGCCGAGAAUCUGGAGAAGACGAAGAUAUUGACAAAAGAGUGCCAUGAUCGUGGCAUUGCUGUAGAAGCUGAGAGUGGAAGGAUUGAGGGAGGUGAAGAUGGAAUUGCGGAUACUGGAGACUUAGAAGCGCUUUUCACAUCACCCGAAGACGUUGACAACUUUGUCAACGCCGGAGUUGAUAUCCUUGCUCCUUCGAUCGGCAACGUUCAUGGCGAGUAUGGCCCAGCGGGACCUAAGGAAGGUCAGCUACAUUAUGACCGCCUCGAGGCGAUCGACAAGCAGAUCAACAAGCGCGUAAUCAUUGCAUUGCACGGAACCAACGACUUUCCCCCUGAGGUCAUGCAGCGAUGCAUUCGCUCCGGUGCGGUGAAGUUGAACGUCAACAAGUUGUUGCUAGAAGUGGGCAAUGAGGUUCUGAGGAAGCAAGCGCCAACCACCCCACUGGCCAAGUUGAUUGAUCUACAAAUGGACGUCAUACAAAAGGAGACAGAGCGAUGGAUGGAUAUCUGCGGAAGCAGCGGCAAAGCAUGA